GGUACAGUGGGAAUUCCCAACAUAACUAAUAACUGUGAUAAAAUUACCACACGAAGAAUGAAGACAACAUAUCAGGGAAUCUCUCGAGCAACACUUGGUGAAAUAGGGAAUCGUGUGUCCACCCUGACAGUCAGCUCAUUCAAAGAUGAAGCCAGCAAAAAAGUGGCUGCACAGCCAUUACGCGAAAUUGUGACCCGAGCACAAGCAGCAAAGACUAAAGUCACAUCAGCCAUCAAUAAUAAAAAUAGUGAACAAGUUGCAGCUUCUAAAGAACAUUCAAAGAGCCUACCUCCUUCAGAAGUGGAAGUUGUACCAAAAAAGAAUUUGUUACCCAGUGACUUAGCACCUAUUAAGGACAGUGAUGAGUUAACUUCUUUGUCCAAAGAUGUCACAUCUAUGGAUAUUAGCAGUGAUGGAAGAGAUGCUUUUUCAAAGGCUAUGUUUGCCCACCAAAUAGAGAACAUUGAUGCUGAUGACAAAGCCGACCCUCAACAUGUCAGUGUAUAUGUGAAUCCUAUUUAUUCCUACAUGAGGCAAAUUGAGAAAAUAUACAAUGUACGGCCCAAUUACCUGGAGGGUACAGAGCUGACGGGCAAAAUGAGGGCCAUUCUUAUUGACUGGUUGUGUCAAGUACAUCAUAAAUUCCGUUUACUGCAGGAGACAUUCUACCUCACCGUGGCCAUUAUUGAUCGGUACCUGCAGGUAAAGCCUUGCAUCAAACUUAGGCUGCAGUUGGUUGGAGUUACUGCCAUGCUGAUUGCAAGUAAAUAUGAAGAGAUGCACAGCCCCCAAGUUGCAGACUUUGUAUAUAUAACAGACAAUGCCUAUACCAAGCAGGACAUUCUAGAUAUGGAACAGGACAUCCUUCGAACUAUUGAUUUCUGUUUGGGUCGCCCUCAUUGUCUGAAUUUUCUAAGGAGGAAUUCCAAAGCUGGGCAGGUCAGUGCAGCAAAGCACAUGCUGGCAAAGUAUCUGAUGGAGUUAGCACUGAUAGAGUAUGAUUUGCUUCACUAUCGACCAUCUCUACUUGCAGCAGCAGCUCUUUACUUGUCCAUGUUUAUUAUAGACGGAUCAACGUGGAGUCCCACAUUACAGUUCUAUAGCUCCUAUUCAGAAGAAGAGCUUAUACCUUUAGCUCAGUGUUUGGCAAAACUGGUGGUAGGAGUCCGAAACCCCAAACUCACAGCUGUGAGGACCAAGUACUCGGAUUCAAAGUUCAUGAAGAUCGCCUUCAUCCCCCAGCUGAAAUCACAAGCACUGAAAGAUUUUGCUGCUUCAGAAAAUACACACUGA